GAACAGCCGAUUAUUAUGACAUUACCUGAAUCAACACAGGAAAUUAAUCCAAAUAAUACAUUCAAAAUGUAGUUAAAUCACAUUUACUGUGACCAACAUCCACCACAAGAUCAUGUACAACAUACUCUCAUACUUCGGGCUGAGCCUGCAGGGGGAGGUCUGUCUCUGGACCAUAUUGGGACUCGUAAGGACAGUGUUUGACGCCACACUCUUCAAAGUCAACUCUAAUUUGAAGAUGGUGUGGCAGAUGGCGAUGCCCCCGCUGCCGCGCGCGGUGGCGCGGGCGCUGCGCUUCAUGAUCUCGGGCGUCAUGCUGGUGCAGUGCUUCACCGUGUACGUGUUCCUCGCCUCGUACAUCGUGCUCUUGUAUCCGGCGUUUCUGGAAGAUCGUCCCACCCUAGUCCUCCCCUGGCUCCUCCUAGCCGCUAUCCGCAACCUGCUCUGUGAGCUCACGAGCCUGGCCAUGGGGCUGGGCGUGUGUCUGCUGCUGGGCCCCGCCCGGACCCCCUGCGUGAGGUUCUUGGUCAACAAGGUGGUGGCCAUCACGCCCUCUUUCUACAUUUGGAUGGUUAUUUACAGUUACUACCACUCGUUGAAGCUAGCGGCGACGUUCAGUCAGUUCCCGGUGACCAGUCCUGACCUGGAGGAUGACGUCGGUCUCCAACUGGCAGUGCGGAGGAGGCGGACCAAGUCAAUGUUGGACGAAGAGAACCUGAGGAAGGACAUCGUUCGGAACAUGUAUCAAGUUAAGACCGCAGAAGAAAACCAACGCCCUAAAGUGAAAAUAGUGACGGCAGAGUCUUCUCCACCUGCUACAGAUGACGAAAAUGUAGAGCCGAACGAUGAAAUAGCCCCAGUGCGGCCCACGACAUAUUUGGGCAAUCGGGCUUACGAGGAAACCGCCGCCUCUGAACCAGUGCCGCAAGUCCCACGGGACGUCGACAGAAUCUUAGAGCAAUUCUGUAUUAUGAUGCUACGUAUUGCUGUUUAUCAAAAUCACGAUGAUGAGCCUGGUACCAUAUUCUCCCCGAGUUCUUUGGCGUUACUUCCAAGGGGAUCUACAACUAAAUUAUCUGCUGAUAUAAGGAUGCCCAUGGAAAGUGAAACUCCACCUCACGUCGGUAGCAAAGAAGAGAGAACCCCUGCAUACUUGCGAGAUUAUCCACAAAUAUUUAUGAAGAAAGGCUCCGAAUCUAGAAAUAAAAUAUUAGCUAAUCAAAGUACUACAGAUAAUUCACACGAUAGUACCGAUCAGCGCUCUACGUCUACUAAAGAUAUACAAGUAUCCUCACAAAAACUACAGUCCCUUGAAAUGAUUCAAUAUGACCGCAUUGUUACACAAUUGAAGUUAUCCAUGACACCUGCAGCAGGCACACCACAAAGAUGUGACAGUACCGUAAGUUAUGACUUAAAUGAUGAAAGUAAACAUUAUAUAAAUAAAGCAGAUCAUAAUACUCAAACGAUGAUAGAGGAAGUUGAAGAAAACAGUGAAAUACUAAACCAAACACCGACUUCUUCUGAACCUACAAGUGAAGUUCAAUCUCGAGACAACUUGCAGCCUACUACGAGUAAACAAGUUAGUAUUGUAGAAUCUUCUGAAAGCAUUACCAGCGAAUCAACCAAUAAAAAACCAACUGAAAAUACCGACGAUAAAAAUUAGAUGGUGUUAAAUAAAUACUUAUAACAAAAAUACAGUAGAACAUUAAAAAAAGUUUCUAUUGAA